AUGCGUCUUUUCAUUCCGUCGACGGCGAUAGUGGCAGCUGGAUUCGUCGGACAGAGCGCGGCCAUACGAACAGUUCCAUCGUCGCCAUGUGCGUCGCUAUGUGGAGAUGUUACGUCGACGACAAACUCUGAGAUCCUCUGCACCCAAGCAGAUUUGAACACGACCAAAGGCCAGGUAUUCUCGAAAUGCAUAUCGUGCCAAAUGACAAGCACUGCGAUGGACCCCAAAACGGGAGAUACAGACCUGAAAUGGGUACUCUAUAACCUUCGCUAUGCAAUGAGUAGUUGUAUGUGGGGGUUUCCGGGCAACUCGAGUGUGCAGAAUACACCGUGCCUCACAAGUCGGGCAUGCGAACCCUUCCAGGGCAAUCUCCAAUACCAAGGCCUAUCUCCCAAUAUUACCACAUACGAUUACUGCCCUAACACGCUUCCGUCGGAGGUAAUAAUAAAUAGAUGCAAGGAUUGUAUCCGACAAGGCGACCAAACAUACCUAUCAAACUACUUCAUCACUAUCCUCGCAGGCUGUGCUAUCCAAAACGGCGCUCCACUCCCCCUGCACAAGGACCUCUUUAGCGGAGACUACGUCAACCCCCUGGACUUUAGGAGCCACGCCGACUCUGAAGCCACAUCUAACUCCCCAACCAUGUCCCUCGGGACCCGCAUCGGCAUCGCCAUUGCCGGGAUCUGUGUCCUGCUCGCUUUAAUCGGCAUCACAAUCGUCUGCUGCGGCAAGCGACGCCGCCGCACCAGAAUCGCCGAACGCCAGCGCGGGGCAGAGGGGUACACCGGCUUCGGCUCGACGAACCGCGUGCUGCCCGCGCCCCGCGUAACCACCAAGUGGGAGUCGAACAUGAGCGGCGUGCAGGAGGAGAGUCCCAUGUCCGCUAACGCGUAUCUGAAUGACAAGAACGGCUUCUCGCCGUACUCGAGUCAGUAUAACAGCCCCGUCAGCGCGAGGGACGCGGUGGCGCCGCAGCAGUGGGAGUGGCCGCAGCAGCAAGGGUAUGAGAUGAAGAAGGUUGCGAGCGUGGUGACGCCAGUCGAUAAGGAGCAGGAGGACCAGAGGCUGCAUAAGGAAUGGGCGAUGGAGGCGGCGACAAGGGGGUUCACGGUUUCGUCGUCGAUGGGUAUGCCUCCGCCGCCGCCGAGGGCGAGACAGUAGGAGAGGUGGUGAGAGAAGAGGGUUUUAUGUUGGAUAUGGGAAUGGUUUGCCUGCUGGAGGCUAGGGUUUUUAGGAGACCCGGGGUCUUUUUAUGAUUUGUUUCAUAAUGGAGUAAUGGGUGUGGAGAAUUCAGCCAGUCAGGCUCGUAAUAAUCGUCGGUAGUAAACGCUGUGCCACUAUUAUCCAUCAAAGUUCUCAUCGACUUCAGUGAUCUUCGCUUUUCCUGGUCUAUAGUUUGAAGUUGAUGAAGUCUUCGUUGACUCUAAUGAUCACCUGUUCCCUGGCCUGUAAUGUGACAUUAACUUCAGUGACCAGCGCUUUUCCUGGUCUAUAAUAGGAAGCCAAUGAAGUUUACCAACACCAUGAGCAACGUGGCAAACCCACACGACCUAAAGAUGGAAACAAAACCAACAAGCGCGUAAGAAAGUGAAUCCAAAUAUACGACCAGUUGUUGGCAAUUCCAUCCGACAUGAAUACCCGCGGCAAAUAGAAGGAGACCAACAGAACACUUGCUCCAUUCCUCUUCGCCGCGCUUAACCCACGAGAAGCCCAACAGCCUCCGUAAUAUGGCAACCACUAGCCGCCAGCCAAAUGCCAAUUUCACGAAGGGGCUCCCGUAGGCGCCCUUAGCCCAGCAAUAAUUCUAGGUGGAGUUUGUCGUUCAUUGGCAAUGCUGAU